UUCUGCGGCCCGGUGGCCUAGGCUCUCUUUAGCCGUCAAGACUAUUUUGCUGUUUGAAAGAAGACGCUCACAACGUUGGCGAGUGCGCUAGGUGGUUGAGCUGGAACAGAUAACGAGUAUCCCAGCAGGAGCUGGGCGCUUCCUGUUUGGUCGAUAAAUUCCUGAGUACAUAUUUGCGGGGGCCCCUCCCCCCCCUCCAACCGGGGGGCAUCAACCAAACAACCAACACAGACGCCGAUGCUGAAGAGGCAACGACUUGUCUGGAGCAUUUGCGAACACUGCUUGCGACAGACGCGACCUCUGACGCGAUUAUCCGGGGCCUUUUCCACCAGCACCGACAAAGGCGUGGCACAGAGGACCGCCCUCCAUUGUCCCGAGCCUGACCCUCUGCCCUGGAGUGCCUUUGGCAGCAGCAGCCUCUGGCGAACCACCACGUUCCGGAUCGAAACAUACGAGACGGACCAACUGAGCCCCACGCAGCUACGUUCGCUUCGCCGAGCAAACCGUCUUGCGACUCGCGCGACCAUCAUGCCCGCAGCUAGAACCAAGAAGGGCGACGCGCCCAACGUCUCGAACGAAGCCAACAAGAUGAACCAAGCCUCCGUCAAGCGAAAGCGCAGGCCCGGAGAGCAGAGGUUCUACGCAGUACGCGCCGGCAAGAUUCCUGGUGUUUACAUGUCCUGGGCCGAGUGCCAGGCCAUGACCAACGGCUUUGCUGGUGCCAACUACAAGUCCUUCAGUACGUAUGAUGAGGCCGCACUCUACGUGGCUGGCAAGAACCCCAACCCCGGCGUCGCACCCACUCGUUUCUACGCAGUCGCCAUCGGCAACAAACCAGGCGUAUACACGGAAUGGAGUGACGCGCAGGCUGCUUAUGUGGGGGUCAAGGCACCCAAGUACAAGAAGUUCGACUCGCGGGAGGCGGCUGAAGAGUGGAUUCAGAGCAUCCGGCUGAGUGCUGGCCCAGCGCCCGAGGAGACGUUCGAUUUUAAGGAUGAGGAUGGGGACGAGGACGACGAGGAUGAGGACGCGGGGGUGAGCCCCGCGGCGAAGAGGACCAAGCUUUCGAGCGAUGAGAUCGCGCUGGCCAUCACCGGCGAGACCGUGGAGGACCUACUCGAGAUCUACACCGACGGCAGCACACUUUCGAAUGGGCAGACAGGAGCUGUGGCAGGCGUUGGUGUGUUCUUCGGUGAUGGCGACCCGAGGAACAUCUCCGAGCGACUGUCAGGAACGCCGCAGACGAAUCAGCGUGCCGAGUUGACGGCGAUCCUGCGAGCACUCGAGACAGUCCCCUUGGACCAGGGAGUCAUGAUCUGGUCCGACUCUAUGUAUGCCAUCAACUGCGUGACGGAAUGGUUUGUGAAGUGGGAAAAGAACGGCUGGAAGACGCACAAGGGGCAGGUGCAGAAUCGCGAUCUCGUCGAGGCAGUCCUCGUCAAGAUACGGGAGCGCGAGAGCCACGGCACGACAACACUCAUCAAGUGGAUCAAGGGCCACGAGUCGAGCGCCGGAAACAUCUCGGCGGACAAGCUCGCCGUCGGCGGCGCCAACAUGGCCAAGUCUGGGAGGGGACGUCGUUGAGGGCCGCGUCUUGGCGGUGGUUUUACAAGAACUUCGUCGUGGCCAACGGCUACUGUUUGUUCGGACCUUUAGGUGGAGAUUGCGGGCACGCAUCUUCAAUGACACAAGGAUCCCGCAAUGCAGUCAGUCAGGGACCCGCAUACUUCAGGUUUGGAACCCCUCGUUCCUUGAUGAGGCAGAUGCUGAGUACCACAUCGGACGGAAGCACAAGCAUGCCUGCAUUGGCCCUAGGGCUUGCAGAGACAGGAGGGCUUUCGGUUUCCAUUUUUUAUUUCUUCCAUGACAGUCCUGGCGAUCUGGGAUGGUCAGGUCUGCACAACAAAUUCUAGGGCGCGGCGUUGUAGGGGGUGUCUGCCGAUAUUCUGGCCUUGAGCUACAUUUUAGACACGGACUGGCUGUAAACAACCACUUGCGCUCAGGCACACAUAAGAACGAGUUCUUUCAACCUUUGGCCGAGGUUCGAGGAUUGUCUGUAGGUUAUCAACAUCUAACUGUCGGAGAUAUUGUCUGCCUGUAUUGGUGAAAUGUUCUGCCUUAGUGGAUCAUCUGUCCUACCGAGGUCCUACCAAGAUUCAUCACGACCUUUGCUCGGGUACUAAAUAUCGGCUGCGUGACCACAGCAUCCAUGAGAUGGAGCGGGAGGUUCUCGCUACCUUUGCUUGAUGUAACCUAC